UUCCAGGAGCCGGCCGCCGUGCCGCUGACCAGCCGCGGACCGGACCCUGGAUGGGAACCCUGUUCCCAUCGCCGGCGGCGGAAGCUCCGGGUGGGAGAGGAGCAGAGGCGGUCAGAUGCAGAAAGGACAACGCAGCGGGCAGCUGUGUGCCGGCCGCCCUGCUUAAGAAACGAACAGAGUCGAAACCUUCCGGCUGUUCUGCCUCGGUCCCAGCCCUCCCCCUGCUCCCCUGAAGCCGCAAUGUCCCGUAGGCUUAUUGGCACCUGAAACCGCACAGAGUCAGACCAAGUACACGCUGAUAGACGAGCAGGACAUCCCGCUGGUGGAGGGCUACUCCUUCGAGGCCAGGAUGGAAGUGGACGCAGACGGAAACGGGGCUAAGAUCUUCGCGUACGCCUUCGACAAGAACCGGGGAAGGGGCUCGGGCCGGCUGCUGCACGAGUUGCUGUGGGAGCGGCACAGGGGCGGCAUCGCUCCCGGGUUCCAGGUUGUGCAUCUCAACGCGGUGACCGUGGACAAUCGCCUGGACAACCUGCAGCUGGUGCCGUGGGGCUGGCGGCCCAAAGCGGAGGAGACCUCCAGCAAACAGAGGGAGCAGAGCUUGUACUGGCUCGCAAUCCAGCAGCUUCCCACGGACCCCAUCGAGGAGCAGUUCCCCGCGCUGAGCGCCACGCGGUACUACAACGCCAACGGGGACGUGGUGGAGGAGGAGGAGAGCUCCUGCACCUACUACGAGUGCCACUACCCGCCCUGCACGAUGAUCGAGAAGCAGCUCCGGGAGUUCAACAUCUGCGGGCGCUGCCAGGUGGCCCGGUACUGCGGCUCGCAGUGCCAGCAGAAGGACUGGCCCGCCCACAAGAAGCACUGUCGGGAGAAGCGGCGCCCCUUCCAGCACGAGCUCGAGCCGGAGCGGUGACUGGGCAGCGGCAGCACGGCCCUGCGGCUCCAGGCCUGCCCCGGCACCGGGACACGGAGUGGGGAGCCUGGUGUGGAAGAAGCCGGCGCCCGGAGCGGCAGCGGCGGCGGCGGCCCUGGCUGCGGGCACUUGGCGGGGCCCAGCGCUCCCCUGGAAGUGCUCCUCCAGUAGAGACAGCUGGGAGGCUCCCGCCAGGAUGCUUCUCGUUAUUUAUAUGUUAAUAUGUUUGUAAACUCAUGUACAGUUUUUUGGGGGGGAGGCCGUGGGGGUUAGGAAUUACAAAUAGAAUCAUUUGCCGUCAUCCUCAAGCAGCAGGCGGUCAGGCCAGUGGCUAAAACUGUCAGGGAGCAGGAGCCGGCCCAGGAGCGCGGCCUCGGGCGUGGCAUCUACUAGGAAAGUAAAGGGCAGUCACCUAGCA